AUGAUGAAAGAGCUCGGGUUGAAACCAUAUCGUCCUCAAUUAUUGCAUGCCUUAAGCGAGGAUGAUCCCGACAGGCGUUGUGAAUUUGCUGAUGUCUUUCUCCAGUUAGCCGCUGAUGAUUCUUCGUUUCCUGAUCGAAUACUUUGGACUGACGAAACUAUUUUCAAGCUAAAUGGACAUGUUAAUCGACAUAAUUGCGUCUACUACGCUGUUGAGAACCCUCACAUCGUCAUUACUAAAGAAAUAAAUGCUCUCGGUAUUACUGUAUGGGCUGGCAUUUGGUCUGGAGGUCUUAUUGGACCGUUCUUUUUUCAUGAUUUCGUUACUGCAAACAGUUAUCUCGAAAUGCUAAAGAAAGAAAUUAUUCCUGCUAUUAAAUCUCGAAUGAAUUUACAAGAAAUGUUCUACAUGCAUGAUGGAGCUCCAUCUCAUUAUGCUCAACCUGUUCGACACUUCUUAGAUAAAACUUUUCGUAAUCGGUGGAUUGGUCGGCGAGAAGCAAUUGAAUGA